AUGCUCCACUCGACCAUCCGCCGCCAUGCUCUUCUUCCCUUGCCCCAACUCCAUCGCAUUUUCUUCGCCACCUCCACUUCCUCCCCCUUGUCAGGCGGAGGCACCUCUUCUCGCGAUCCUCACUUCAUGGUCGAGUACCUCGUGAACUCGUGCGGAUUCUCCAUAGAGGAGGCGUCGAAGGCCUCCAAGCGCCUCGCGCAUCUCCGAUCGACCGAGAAUCCCGACGCGGUUCUUGCUUUCUUCAGAUCUCAUGGCAUUGAUGGCACUAACCUCAGGAGGAUGAUAUCCUGGAAACCAGGAUAUCUCUGCUGGAAUGUGGAAUCAAACCUCACCCCGAAGUUUCAAUUUUUACGCGACCUGGGAUUGUCAGAAUCCGACCUCGUUGAUGUCAUCACGAAGAACCCCUUCAUCGUGUCCCUCAAUGUCCAGCGUACUCUUCUCCCCAGAUUGAAUGUAUGGGAAAGUCUCUUUGGAUCAAGGGAGCUGCUUCUCAAGUAUCUUAGGAAGCAGUGUUGGUUUUUGAGCAGCAGCAUUGAGAAUGUGGUACGUCCUAACCUGAACUUCUUACGGGAUGAGUGUGAUAUUCCUCUCGAAAGGGCAUCACUUGUCCUUAAACAUCAUCCAACCUUCAUUGCACAAAACCCAAACUCAUUACGAGCUUUGGUAGAUCGAGCGAAGGGAAUGGGAUUGACUACGAGAUCUCGAAUGUUCCUCUGGAUCCUUCACAUUCUUUUUAGGGUCAGCAGAGAAAAAGUUGAGGCUCACUCCAAGCUCAUGAGGAGCUUUGGGUUGUCGAACUCGGAGUUAUGUACUGUGAUCGAAAAACAACCAUUCUUCUUAACUUUUUCCACAGAUUUCUUACGGAUAAAGAUGGAAUUUUUGGUCAAGAACAUUGGGUUCACCCCAUCCUGCAUUGUUAAGCGGCCGACGCUUUUAGUAUUGAGUUUGAAGAAGAGGAUAAUUCCUCGGUUUCAGGUCAUGGAGAUAUUAAAAUCAGAAGGACUAUGGACUUCAGACGACAAGCUGCAUAUGUUUCUCAGAACAUCGGACCAAAAAUUUCUGAACAACUUCAUUCUUCCUUACAAAGAUAAAUUCCCCAAACUUCUUGAGAUCUCGUCAGCUGUAGCUGAAUGA